UCUUUGUUCGCACCCGUUUGCUCUCUUGCUUUUGUUUUGAAUCGGUAUGGCGGGAGUCAGUAGAAAACACGGACGCUUUUGCAGAUCACUCGUGAAAGGAUACUUCAGGAUACUUACCUGGGGCUUCCAUCAAUGAUCUUCUAUCAUUCUACGUUACUCGCGUAGCGUAGUCUUUGGAUCUUGUAUUGUACUUGCCGCCGCCGCCGCGCCGGUUUGAAGAGUCAAAACAAACCUGUGUGAUUACGCACAGUAGUGUUGAUUCUUACUUCUACGCAACGUAUCGCGGGACAUAUUAUCAAACAACGACAACAUGAGUCGAAGAAAAAGAGCAAAGGUGGAGUAUAGGGAGAUGGAAGAGAAAUAUAGCCAGUUGGACGAUGAAAAUGCUUCGGAUACGUCAGAAAAGUCUAAACCAGGCCUAGUAACUCCAGAGAAGAAGCCUGUGAGCGAAGUAAAAAAGGAAACUGACACUAGUGUACCGUCAUCUACCCCUACAUCUUCUGUUCCUAAAGUUGAACCAAAGGACGAAGAUGAUCAAGACAGCGAUCACGAAGAUCCUCAUGUAAAAGAAUUGCUUAAUGGUUUGGAAGGGGCAGCAUUUCAAAGUCGUCUUCCAUUUGAUAAAUUAACUUCUACGGAGGCAGCUUGUUUCCCAGAUGUUUCCAAUGGUCCGGCACAGACUCAGAAAGUUUUCCUUCACAUUAGGAACAGACUCUUACAGUUGUGGUUGGAGAAUCCCAAGCAACAAUUAAUAGUAGAGAAUGCUCUGCCAGCAAUAGAACCACCUUAUAACAGCGAUACAGUAUUAGCACGUCGUAUUCACGCGUUUCUGGAGAGGCAUGGUUUCAUCAAUUUUGGAGUAUUUAAACGACUUAAGCCGUUGCCUACCAAAAAAUUAGGCAAGGUAAUCGUUAUUGGAGCAGGAAUAGCUGGUUUAGCUGCGGCUCAACAAAUGCAGCAGUUUGGCUUAGAAGUAAUUGUAUUGGAAGCACGGGAUCGCGUAGGUGGUCGAAUUGCAACGUUUCGUAAAUCGUCGUACAUUGCCGAUCUCGGUGCCAUGGUUGUCACGGGUUUAGGCGGAAACCCUGUAACUACCCUUAGUAAACAAAUCAAUAUGGAACUUCACAAGAUCAGACAAAAGUGUCCCCUCUACGAAAGCGAUGGUCAAACUGUUCCGAAAGAUAAAGAUGAAAUGGUCGAGCGAGAGUUCAAUCGGUUAUUGGAAGCAACGUCGUACCUCUCUCAUCAAUUAGAUUUUAAUUACGUGGGAAGUACUGGUUCGGGACAAACUAGCAAUACGCGGCCGGUUUCGUUGGGUCAAGCAUUGGAGUGGGUGAUACGUCUGCAGGAGCAAGGUGUCAAACAACGUCAAGUAGCUCACCUGCGUUCCGUACUAUCGCUCCAAGGACGGCUUAUCACCAAUCAACACAGAAUGAUAUCAAUCAUGGAUCGUUUAGUCGAAUUGAACAAACAGUAUAAAGAGUUGACGGAAACGAAGUCUCAAACGCGUGAUAUAACGCAAGAAUUUGUGUUGCGGUCAAAGGUACGCGAUCUUCACAACGCGUGUAAAGAGUGGGAUCUACUGGCCGAACAGCAAAAAGAGAUCGAAGCGAAACUACAAGAACUGGAAGCCUCACCGCCUAGUGACGUAUACUUGUCAUCGAAGGAUCGUCAAAUAUUGGAUUGGCACUUUGCGAAUUUGGAGUUCGCCAACGCCACGUCGUUGUCAAAUUUGAGCCUGAAGCACUGGGAUCAGGACGACGACUUCGAGUUCACUGGCAGUCAUCUAACUGUCCGCAACGGUUAUUCGUGUGUACCUGUUGCUCUGUCGGAGGGUCUGGACAUCCGGUUGAACACCGCGGCGAGGGCGGUCCGUUACGGGGUGAACGGGGUGGAAGUAUGGGCCGCACCCUCUCGCAGUCCUCAUACGAAUCACACGGUGUACAAAGCGGAUGCGGUACUGGUGACGCUGCCGCUCGGCGUGUUGAAGGCUUCCGGUCCACCGUCCGCGGUCGCGUUCAACCCGCCGCUUCCGGACUGGAAGUCUCAGGCUAUUCAGAGGCUCGGGUUCGGCAAUUUAAAUAAGGUGGUGCUGUGUUUCGAGCGAAUCUUCUGGGACCCAACCGCCAAUUUGUUUGGGCACGUGGGCAGCACGACCGCGUCCCGUGGCGAGCUGUUUCUCUUCUGGAAUCUUUACAAGGCGCCGGUGCUGUUGGCUCUGGUCGCUGGAGAAGCUGCCUGCGUGAUGGAAAACGUCAGCGACGAUGUGAUAGUCGGCCGUUGCAUCGCGGUUUUAAAGGGUAUUUUUGGGAAUCAAGUGGUUCCGCAACCCCGUGAAAGCGUGGUAACGAGAUGGAGGGCGGACCCUUGGGCGAGGGGUUCCUACAGCUUCGUCGCGGUUGGCAGCUCCGGGAGCGAUUACGAUCUCUUGGCGGCGCCCGUCGCACCCCCGGCCGGUCCUGGCGCUUCGGCCCCGCAGCCGAGGGUCUUCUUCGCAGGCGAGCACACCAUACGAAAUUAUCCGGCGACCGUGCACGGCGCGUUUCUCAGCGGACUUCGCGAGGGUGGAAGGAUCGCGGAUCAACUGUGUGGAAGCCCGUACGCGCCGCCAACGAUGCCCGCUUCGGGUCCAACCACCACCGCCAUGCCGUCCACUACGACAGGGUCCAGCUCUACGCCUUAGCGUUCGACCGCGAAAUCCUCCGUCGUGACUUUCGAUCGAUAACGAUUGUACGGCGAUUAUUUACGAUUCAAUUACAAUUAUCGUUACUUUCCUUUAGAAUUUGGGGGACGUCGAUUGAUACGUUUCCUUCCUUCGAUAUUCAUUUCGCGCGUUUAUCGAAAGUUCACGGAAAUUAGUAUACAUAAUCGUAAUAGUAUCGUAAUUGCUGUACGCGUGAUAACGCUCUUCACCUCCGUUCACGCUGCUUCGGGAAGAACAGAGUUGGAGAGAGAGUGAGAAGAAAUUCCAGAGAUCGGUUUAUUGUGUUUCGAUCGUGAUCGUCGAAGUUCAAUUAACUUACCAACAAUACGUAGAUGAGCAUUCGAAUGCUGUUCUUAAAAAUAGUUAGGAAAAUCUAUUCGCCGGUGAUCACCUCAUGUCUGCUACGAUUCCCGAUACCUAGAUCCAUGAUCUAGUAUUAGGACCCCCCGAGUUCGGUUUAUUUAUAUACAUUUUGAAGAUUACAUAAGUCUAAACAAAUCGAACCGCAAGAAAGGAUCGUAGCAAUUGUACAUCGGUUCGUGAUAACAAAGAUUCGUGCCUUUGCUAAUACGUUCCGUCACGAUCACAUCCGCGACGCGUUUAGUCUAUAUCGAGUAUAGUAUAUCAUAUCGUGUGUGGACACUAUCUUUUUUAAGGUACCUUUACCUUAUUCUGUCCUAUCGCAAUCGCCAUUCUUCGUUCCGCUUCGUCAACUUUCUUCCUGUUCUAGCUAUCAUGCUUCCUUGAAACCUAUCUAUCUUUAACACCUUCCAAACUCAUCUCGUAAUGACUACCGAUUACUUUUCAUUCUUAUAAACGAAUUUUAUAAAUAAAGACACGCAUUUUUAUAAAAAAAAAAAACAAGGAGUAAAAUGGUGGAUGGAAAAUGAAGGGUCUGUGAAAAAUAUUGAACGAACUUGUCUCCGAACUUAGUACAGGAGAUUAGGUCUACGAGAUCGGGGACUCGAUCACGUCGAUCGAUUCGACGCGGGAACAUUGAUCGACGCGAAUACUCUUCUAAUGGAGUGACACCCACGGGACACUUGGAAUACCGCGUGACUCGAAUCUGCUGCUGCGAGAUAAGUUUGUUCAAGCGCGAUAUCAUCCUCGAUCGCGUUCAACGGUGGACGAUCGAUCAACGAGGAAUGGAAUUCGAACGACAUCCAACAUUUUCCUUCGAUGUCUCUUGGUAUCGAUCCGGCAUCGCGAGGACGAAUCGCGUCGAGCGCACAUGUCAAUUUUGUUAAGAUACUUAUUUAUGAGUAUUUUAUGUAACGAAGCAAUAAUUUUAAUUCUGCGCGAACGAUCGCUGAAACCUAAUACUCUGACCGAAUCUACUUAAUCGACGACGAUUCGAUCUGCACCGAGUUAGCGCAAACUCUGUGCGUUACGAGUUGAGAAGGACGACUGCAUCGAUGUUCGAUCACGAUAAUAGAGAGAUUCAUUAAGUGGAAGGACCUUCGAGAAUUAUAUAGCCAUCGCAUUUAUACGGUUGAAUUAAAGCUAGAAAGCGUAGUCGCGUCGUUCAAGAAUCGUUCGCCGAUCACGACCACUCUGAACUAUAAUACUCUACGAAGUUCGUAGUCAACGAUCAGCGACUCAAUCGUCGAUGAUGGAACGAUGCUGAUUCGUUUCCACGCGUUUUCAGCGAUAGGCAAAGAACGAGGUACACACGAGACACAUAUCGGUCGAGGCUAGGCAUUGUGAACGUCUCCUCCAGCCGGCUUGUUCGUUCACCCUCGAGAUUUUCCGUUGUCCAAGGAACACUUGGGGGGUUACGUUAAGCUGUGUGCAAUAAGAAACGUCAAUGUCUCAAGAGAGGAUUCCUGGCGGACUAUUCCACGAUGAAACUAGGUGAAUUGUCCAACGCGUAGCACGCUACUCAUUGGCCGCUUCCGCGAAACUCUUCAUCCGUCUUUUUCACCGGCAGCCAGCCCCUUCAGGGUGUAUCUUCGUGUUUUCAACUGUACGGCGUUCCCUUCCCGGCUUUUCGCGGUAGGAGCCACUGACUUAAAGACCUCGUAGUCGUUGUGCCCGCGAAGUAGGUCGCGGAGAACAAGAAAUUCGAUGACGAUGGGAAGAAAAGAUUCCGGGGGCGGUAUUGUCACGAAAACUACGAUUACUGAGCGUUGUUACUGCUGUUCGGGGAUGGUUGGAAAGAGAUACGUUGACCAUGAUAUCCUUGGGGCUCUAACCGUUCUAAUCUUUACCGUAUUCGUGGUUGAAAUGAAUAGGGAGAGAACCGUACCGUGUUUUUCGUCGAACGAUUAUGCAUGGGGUCUGCGUUCCCGCAAGAACCCCACACUACCAAAAAUUUAACGCACAAAUACUCGCGUUAGGAGUACUUACAGGCUUCAGCUCUAUGGCCUCAUGCCUGGGGGAACCACCUCGUUGAUCAUGAUAUCCCCUACGCCAGGUUAGUAUGGCGCCUGUCGGUUUCCGGCUCCGUGAUUAGCACUCUCGAUACCGUUUUCGUUUUCGAGAAAUUGACCAAAAACCAAACUCCAUCCAUCGGAAAUUAGAAUGAACUAUUUAUGAUAACUGACUAGCGGACUGAUAAUCGUUCGAUCGAAUUGCGAGUAGGCUGAGGAAACUUUCACGAUUCGUCGUGCUUUUUCCUGAUGGAAUUUUUGUAUGUUGUACAGUCGAGACCGGUGAAAACUCAACGCGAAGAGUUUGCGAGAACAUUGAGUUAUGACGUGCGCAAGAGCGGAUAAUGUUAUUUGCGUGUACAUGGAAAGAGAAUCAGUGCGGAGCGAUCGAAACCAACUGUUUUAUUCAAACAUGAUUUACGAGCUUAGAAGCAAGUUGAAGCAUUGGUUUGAACUUGUAUGUAUAUAUGACAAGAGAAUUGCAAUAAAGCGAAAUUGAAACUAC